AGAGACUGGAGACAUAAAUUUUCUAUGACUGGAGACUUGCGUGUGAAAAGUGAAAACAAUAAUGGAUUUUGAAAGAAAGAAGAGACCAGUUACUCCAGUUAGUUCUGAAAACAGUGAAAGUGAAGACGAAAAAGAAGACUCAAGAAGGAAAAAGAAAUAUAGAAAACAAAAAUUUUCUGAUGAUUGGUUGCAAUUACCGGAAUUCAGGGGUUGGCUAGAAAAAAUUGCCAGUGAUCAAUAUAUGUGUAAAUGUAAAGCAUGUAAUUCUAAAAUUGUAUGUGGAAAAUCAGAAUUGUUAAAACACAGUAGAGGAAAAAAACACAUGGAGAAGGUGACUUCUAUUCAGUCAAAUACAUCAUUAACUAGUUAUUUUAUUAAAAAGCAAAAUGAAAAUGAAGUUAAAAAAGUACAAAAUUUUGAAGUUAGGCUUAGUACAUUUUUUGCAGAACAUAAUGUAGCUUUACAAGUUGUCGACCAUUUGGUUCCACUUCUUAAAGAAAUAGUACCAGAUUCAAAAAUUGUACAACAAGCAGCGCUUGGUCGUAAGAAGUGUACAGGUGUUAUCAAAAAUGUAAUUGCUGUUGCAAUACGAAAUGAUCUCAUUAAUGUUUUGAAAACUACAGAUUUUUCUGUUAUGGUAGAUGAAAGUACUGACAUUGGGUUGCAAAAAACAAUGUGCCUUUUAACUAGAUAUGUCCAUCCAUCAAAUGGGUUUGUAAAAACAGAGUUAUUGGACUUAAUAAAAUUAGAUGCUAAAGACUGUACAGCUGAAAAUUUAUACAUACACUUCAGACAAGUAUUAACCGAAGCAGACAUUCCUUUGAAAAAUAUAAUCGGACUAGCUAGUGAUGGUGCGAGUGUAAUGUUAGGUGCUAAUAAUUCCUUUGCUUCAAGAUUGAUUUCUGAGGUUCCAAACGUUACAGUAAUACGAUGUAUUUGUCAUACAUCUGCCAUUAUUGCUAAUAAAGCUUGUGUUAAUUUACCUAGAGCACCGGAGGAGUUAUUACGUCAAAUAUCAACAUAUUUAUCUAAUAGUUCUAAGAGAUGUGCCCAGUUAGAAGAAAUACAAGAAUAUUUUAAUAAAGAAAAGAAGAAAAUUCUGAAAGUUGCCUCAACUAGAUGGCUAUCACUCCAUCAAUGUAUUAAUCGUAUAUUGGAAAAUUGGGACGUAUUAAUUAGCUUUUUUCGAGUGGCACAGGUAGAUGAUAAAUUGAAAUCUGCAGAAUUGAUCUUAAUGGAUUUAGAAAAUGUGUGCAAUAAGGCCUAUUUGCUAUUUUUAAAAUAUGUAUUGAAUUACUUCAACACAUUAAAUGCACUGUUCCAGUCCAAAAAGCCUCUAGUUGUUGAAUUGUAUAACGCUUCAAAAAAAUUAUUUCUUACAUUAGGACAGAAUUUUUUAAAACCUGAAAAACUGCAUCCCAACGUUAAUGUUAAUGAUCCAAGUAAUUACCUGAAUAUAAGCGACAUAUUUUUAGGAGCUGACUGCAAUAAUUUAUUAAAUACAUUACCAAAUACUGAAUCUCAUAAAAUAAGAUUAGACUGCCUUAAUUUCUAUAAAACUGCUUGUAGUGAAAUUCAAAAAAGGCUGCCUAUUCAUGAGAACAAUUUUUUUGAAAAUCUUCGUUUUCUAAAUCCAAAUAUAGCUUUAGACACCAAUAAUAACAACCGGUGUAUAAAUUUUACUGCUCUUUGUGAAAAAUAUGAAGUUGAUUUGAAUGAAACGGUUUUAGAAUGGAGAGGUAUGCCUUUCCAAUUUGAUAACUUGGAACGAGAAAUUUAUUUAAAAAAAUCUCUUGAAGAGUUUUGGUGGGAUAUUUCAAAAAUUAAAAAUUUUGAAGAUAAAUUAGUUUUUCCAAAUUUAAGCUUAUUAUAUAAAAAAUGUUUAACUUUACCUCACUCCAACGCUGAUGCUGAGCGCAUUUUCUCUGACGUGACUGAUAUUAAAACAAAAAAGAGAAACAAAUUGUCCCAUGAAGUUUUGAAUUCUAUAUGUACAAUAAGAAGCUUCUUGAAAAGUAAAGAGUUAAACUGCACAACUUAUCAAUUUGACUUUAAUAAGAUUUCUAUAAAUUCAAAUAUUUUAUAUGAUCACAAAAACUAAUUGUUUAUUAUAAAA